AUGACUAAUCUUCCCCUCCCAGAGCACUUCGUCGCGUUUUAACCAAGCAAAUAUUUCCCGUGAAGAAAAGAGAAAUCAGGAGUGAAUUCAAAAGACUCGUCCUUCAGCAUUUAAUUGUUCAUUUGUUCGAAGAUGUACUCUAAGAGGUCAAGGUAUUCACGCUCUCCAUCCCCAUACAAGCGAUACAGCAGGUCCGCGUCCAGAUCUUUGUCGAGUUCAAGAAGUCGUUCAAGGAGUGCUGAAAGUGAUGUUGAGAACCCCGGGAACAGUUUGUAUGUGACUGGCUUGUCAGCUCGAGUCACGAAGAGAGAGUUGGAGAAGCAUUUUGCAAGUGAGGGAGAGGUGAUUGAUGUUCAUCUUGUGGUUGAUCCACGGACGAGGGAGUCUCGUGGGUUUGGUUUUGUUACAAUGGCCACCAACAAAGAAGCUGAUCGUUGCAUCAAGUGUUUGGACCGCUCUGUUCUCGAAGGGCAUGUCAUUAUGGUGGAGAAGGCCAGAAGACGGAGGGGGAGAACUCCUACCCCAGGAAGGUAUUUGGGGUUGAGAACUAUUCGAGUGCGUCAUCGAUCACCAAGCUACUCACCUCGUCGAUCUCCUAGUUAUUCUCCUUAUUCAAGGAGCAGGAGUCCAUCAUCUUGUUAUUCAUCUCAGAGAAGUAGGAGUAGGAGCCGAUCUUACUCCCAUUCUUACUCUCCCGAAGAUCAGUACUAUAAAAGGCGUGAUCGGUCCUACUCGCCAAAUGAUCGUUACUCCCAGAGACGGGACCAUUCAUACUCUCCUUGUGAUAGAUAUUACCGAAGGCGUGAUAGGUCCUACUCCCCUCAUGAUAGAUAUUACCGAAGGCGUGAUGGGUCCUACUCUCCUUAUGAUAGAUACUACCGAAGGCAUGAUAGGUCCUACUCUCCUUAUGAUAGAUACUACCGAAGGCAUGAUAGGUCCUACUCUCGUUAUGAUAGAUACUACCGUAGGCAUGAUAGGUCCUACUCUCCCGAUGAUCGCUACCAUAGAAAGCGGGACCGUUCCUACUCACCUGAUGAUAGGUACUAUAGAAGGCGGGACCGUUCCUUCUCACCAUACAACUCUAGGUAUGAUUCCUCAUAUGAUCAAUACCAUAGAUAUAAAAGAGCCCCCUCUCGAUCCGUCUCUCGGAGCCCUACACCACCACGGUUGAGGAGGGCUUCGAGGAGAAGCAACUCAUAUAGAGUCAGCCCCAAGCUGAGCAGUUCAAGGAGUUAUUCACGCAGCACUUCUCCUGCGGAAAGGAGGUCUAGGAGUUACUCGCAAAGCAUUUCUCCAAUGCCUAGGAAAAACUCGAGGAGCCCGAGGCGGGAAGGCUCUAGUGACAGCUGCUCGAGAAGUGCAAGUCCAAGUCAAAAUGUGGUUUCGAGAUCUCCUUCAAGAUCUAAUCCAUGAUCAUGAAGGAGGGUUGGGGAUUUAGAUGCCUGCUUUAGUUACUCGGCUAAGCUUUGUGUGUAUUGAUUGAUUGAACUAUAUGCUAGUAGUUUCAUGAGAAUGUGAUGUUUGACCCUUUUUAAGCUGUUUGUUUAUUAGUAAUCUAUUAUGAAAUUAGCCAUA